AUGUCUACAACAGCGGUUACUGCGGCGGCAACGCCGGAAGGAACAGUGACUAAGCCUCUUGGAAUGCGAAAAAAUGGCAAGCAAUGGCAUGCUCCGAAGAAAGCUUUCCGUCCUGGUUCUGGCCUGACACCGUACGAGCAACGGGCGAAGGCCAGAGUUGCGCAGGCCGCUGCGAAGGCUAAGGAGAAGGAGUUGAAGGAAGAAAAGGAGGCAGAACGGAAGAGACGGAUACAAGCCCUGAAAGAAAAACGAGCGGCAAAGGAGGAGAAAGAGCGAUAUGAGCAAUUGGCGGCCAAGAUGCACAAGAAGAGGUUGGAGCGGUUGAAGCGCAAGGAAAAGCGCAACAAGUUGCUCAACUCAUGA